AUGGAAGAGGCAAAAACCAACAACAGUGAUAGAGUAGCAAAAGACCCACCACCACCUCAGACUCACUCCAACAAUAGGAAGCUAAGCCAAGUGGACCUCAUUAACUCCUCUUACUUCAAGCUACGAGCUACUGUUCGACAACUUCGGCCCCAAGUCAUUCAGGUUCUCCAGACACCCGAUUUUCAGAAUUGCAAAGCAGCUCAUGAACUGCAAUUACAAAUGAAGCUCGUGAUGGAUUUAUACAGCCAAAUGACAACAGCAACAGAGCUUGGGAAGAGUGUUCAGGGGAAACAAUUAUCAGACAGACAACAAGAUGGGGGAAUACAACUACCUAAACAGGCCUCGGAUAUAUCUGCCGAAACAUUCAACUCACAGAUGAAGUCUGAUGAUGUCCUGAAGAUCCGAGGGAGCUAUGUUGUCGGCGGGUCAGAUUGUGGUUGGAAAUUCAUUACAUGGGCAGGUAGUAGACCAGUUUAUUAUGGGGUGACGAAGGAAUCACGCAGAAAUACCUUAAAGAAGUCAGAAACCGGUGGUGUUCCCAUAGCAACUAGAAAUGCAUCUCGCUUUUCCAUUAUUCAGAUUUUGAUGAUUCACUAUGAGCCUUCUUUGGGGAUUCAUGAUCACAAGGAUGACCAAACUGCUACUUGUGAAGGGCAAUAG